UUCCUCUUCUUUUUUAUUUCUUCCGAUUUUCUUGUAAAAUCUGUUCUAUCAAAGUUUUUUUGGUGCAUACUUUUAUUUUACAAAAGGAUUUUGUGAUCUAUCAAGUCAAUUCGAAAACUAAUUUAUUCUGUAAUGCGAUCGAUAUUUAAGAGUCUCUUAAACCUUGAUCUUACAUGUUUAAUUCGUUAAUUUUUUUUUCCUUUAUUAGAGGCAUUCAGAGGGUUUCUAGUCUCGAUCGUCCCACAACCUAACCUCUCUACGCUAUUGCCAGUGUUGUCGAUCUUGAUACUUUUAUGCAUCGCGGUUGAUACGUAGCUCUUUCCGCCGCUACCGCUACGUUCGGUGCGUCCAGGUGCGUCGCAUAUCGUUCGCCGUUGAAAGUUUAUCGCGCUCGAAAACGAAAGAAUGAAACAUGGAGCGAAAUGAGGAUAUGUCAGUGUCUCUCGUGUCUACUUUUUUGCUCUCCCAUUCACGCCCGCAGGUGUGAGCGAUCAUCCGUGUCCAUUCCACGACGCAUACGUGAAUUGUCGGUAUUCGCGCGUUCAAGUUGACGCCGAGAGGAUCGAUACACCGCUCGCUCCCGUCCACGCCUCAUCUCGUGGCGUCGUCAUCGUUGUCGUCGCCGCGUCAGUACUCGCCUCGGCAUUGCCAGGUCCGAACGCCUGCAGCCAGAGAGUUUCGUUAUGUCGGGCGAGCACAAGACUGUAAUUAAGUACCCUUCGGAGUAUGUCAAACUGAACAUUGGGGGCUCGCUCCACUACACCACCAUAGGCACGCUGCAGAAGCAUGACACCAUGCUGCGCGCGAUGUUCAGCGGUCGCAUGGAAGUGCUCACUGAUUCCGAAGGUUGGAUACUGAUCGAUCGAUGUGGCAAACAUUUUGGGACAAUCUUGAACUUUUUGCGAGACGGCUCGGUCCCGCUGCCGGAAAAUACAAAGGAGAUGGCGGAGUUACUCGCAGAAGCGAAAUACUACUGCAUCAGUGAGCUGGCAGAAUCCUGUGAGCAAGCGCUUCUUCGAAAGGAACGUGAAGCGGAGCCAAUCUGCAGAGUCCCUCUCAUAACCUCCCAGAAGGAAGAACAAUUACUCAUAAGCAAUACUACUAAGCCUGUGGUCAAGUUGCUCAUCAAUAGGCAUAAUAAUAAAUAUUCCUAUACAAGUACAUCAGAUGACAAUUUACUAAAAAACAUAGAAUUAUUCGACAAAAUGUCACUUAGAUUUAGUGGCAGAGUGUUAUUCAUCAAAGAUGUUAUUGGCUCGAGCGAGAUCUGCUGUUGGACGUUUUAUGGACAUGGUCGUAAGGUAGCAGAGGUCUGCUGCCACUCGAUCGUCUACACGACCGAUAAGAAACAUACGAAAGUCGAAUUCCCCGAGGCUCGGAUAUACGAAGAAACGUUAAACAUUCUGUUGUAUGAACAUCGGAAUGGCCCGGAUCAAGAGUUAAUGCAAGCCACAUCGUCGCGCGGCGUAGUACCUUGCACAUCCGACGAGGAGGAGGGUGAGCGUUCAGGUCUGGCUCGUCUUCGCUCCAACAAACAAAACACCAACUGACCCAGUCUUGUUCUCCUUAAUCCACCGCAUACCGCGAUUCUCAGCGUGGUUCGAUCUUUCAAAACACGAAUUAAUAUAAAAUAAAAUAAAACACGGAUGUAUAUCAAAUGCAAGCUCUUCGUAAUACUUGGUUAUCGCCUGUCGGUCGAAUCUCUUUUUCUCUUUCGUUUUUGAAAAUACGUAAAAUACGAGGAAAACUACAGCUAACUUUGACCAGAUGAUAAAUAAUUAUCUCAUUACAUUUCUUACAUCACAAUACUUUCGAACGUAAUCGCGCGCUUCAAUGUUGUUAAAUAUACUUUAUAAGGAAAAUGCGUCCUUUGAAUUAGCAUAAAACGGAAUGACAAAUUUGUACGUUUUGAAUUUUCUUUGUCAUUCUUAUAGAAGCGUAUUUAUAAAUAACUAUAAAUAUGCAACUAAGAAUGGCACCUUAUUAAAUUCAUCCUGAAAAUGAAAACAAUGUUGCACGCCAUGCGCUUACUGAUUAUGUGCCAAAUCGUAUUAAAUCCGCGACAGGAAUCCGGAAUAAGCCAAGUUGCCAUUUUGUGACUGAUGAAAUUAUUUAUGAACUUAUACUCUAUGACAACUUUUAAGCAGUCAUUUAAAUUAAUCAAAUUGUUAUAAAAGUUUUUGUUCAAAGCUAGGACUGCAUUGUUACCUGUUAUAAGUAUUAUUAUUUUAUUAUCAUUAUCAUGUUCACUUUCACUGUCAUAUUGUCAUCGUCAUUAUUAAUUAUUAUAUUAAUUUGUCGUAAUUAUUAUUGUUUGUUAUUACAUCCUUGUCUAUAUCAUUACAAUAAAUUUUUUCAUUGUGUUUAUAUUAUUCUUUCUUACAAAUUUACUUGCAUAAUAUCAAUAAAUCAUAUGUUAUAUAUUUGAAACAUAUGUUGUGUUAUUUGUGCAUUUCAACAAGUCUGAAAUUUUAUUAAACUGCUUAAAGGAUGAUGUGGAGUAAACACUGCCAAGAAAAUUUAAAAAUAAAAUCUAUCUAUUACAUAUAGAUAUAUGGCAUAUAGAUGUAUAGGAGGUAUGCGUUUCAAACGCGCAUUUUUGUUAUUUCAAUCGAAUUGUAAAUGUUAAACGUAUUAAAUAUUAAACUUGUAGGACUUUUCAAGAUUCUCGGUUUGAACAAAUACAAUAUAAAUAAUAGUACAAUAUAUUUCAUUUUGAACAAACUUAUUUUGAAUUUUCUACUAACACGUCAUUCCAAAUAUAUUGUUUCACUGUAAUUACUAUAAUUCUGAUACCAGUGAUUAAUUUUCUUUAUUGAUUUACACUUUCACUUAUAUGACGAAAUCAGGACGAUAAUCGAAACUGAAAUGUUUCGAAAAUCAAUGCGAGUAAGCUGAUAUCUACUCAUUGUAAGUAUGAUGAUGAGGAAACCAGACAUUUUCAUUUUAUAAUAGAAUAGAGGAUAAGUUUGCUCAAUUUUCUGAGGAUGUUAAAUAAGUGAAGGUAAAGUGUAAAACAAUUACGGACUGUGAUUACACUGGCAUAGUAUAUAUAAUAUGUGUGUGAAAAAAAAAAUAUAUAUAUAUAUAUAUUAUUUUUUGUGUAUUUUAGUCAUUAAAAGAUGAGAGAGAGAUCCAUAAUAACCCAGAGUUAGUAAAGGGACCAUAUGCAUUGUGUUACACACAUUGUAGGAUAUCUUUUCAUUCAUAUCUGUAAUACAUGCGUUAUAUAUUAAAUUGAAUAUAUCUAUGUUGAA